UUUUUUCAAAUUUUAUAUUAUUUAUGGUAUCGUUGCGCGCAGUCGCGCACACUCGCGCGUCGGAACCGGCGAAAAACGGCACGACCAAUUGCGAGGAGUACGUGUCGUGCACGGGAUGCGUGAACGAGACGCUGUGCAGCUGGUCGUUGGAACGUCAGAACUGCGUGCACCCGGAAGAACUGUCGGAGAACCUGAUGGUGCACGUGGAGGCGGACUGUCCGCAGUUCACGGUGGCCAAGCAGCCGUGGGUGAAAGACGUGCCGUACAGUUACACGCUGACCGUGUCGAACGACAAGAAGGACUUCGUGGCGUUCCUCCGGCGGUCGACGAUCACGUGCGUGCUGCAAACGGCGAACGUGAAGGGCCGGGUCGACCGGAACGACAUCAAGUGCGACGCCGUCAAACGGACGCAGGCCGACUUCGCGCAGCACAGGCAGAUGAUCUACUUCAACUACGUGAGGUUCAACAACAAACCGCUGCGGCUGGACAACGAGUCGGACUAUUACGUGCCGAACUACGACCGCGAGUGCGGCCCCAAGAGGGACGACAGCUGCGUGACGUGCACGUGGACCGCCGACGGGUACGUGAACCACUUCAAACGGUGUUCGAGCGCCAACCGGUGUACGGGCCUGUACCAGUUCAACGACAGGCGGCACGCGCUGAAUUUCACGGACGCGCCGGCCGCGGUGGCCGCGAUGCCGGGCCGGUGCGCCAACGCGACCGUCGCGUCGGCGGCGCCGGUCACCGCGCCGUGGACGGGCGGCACGGCGGUGCUGGUCACCGUCAAGAACCACCGGAUACUGGCCGAGAAGAAGACGGUGACCGUGACCGCGGCCGGGCGCUCUUGCGCCAACCCGCGGACGGUGGACAACGAGACGAUCGCGUGCACCGUGGCGCCGCCGGCGGCCGGCCAAGCGCCCGCCGCCGACGGCCGGCCGACGGCGGGCCGGGUCGUCGUCGAGUACGGGCCGCGACAGAGGUUCGCGGUCGCGUCCGCGUUCCCGUUCAAGCUCGUCGAGCCGCGGCUGACGGACGUGAGCCCGGCCUGUGGCCCGCUGUCGGGCGGCACGACUUUGCACGUCCGGGGCGAGCAUCUGGACGCCGGAAACGGCGUCAGCGUGACGAUCGGCGACCGUACGGCGUGCGCGGUGGUCGACCGGCGGUGGGACCGCAUUUCGUGCGUGACCGGCGCCAGGGUCGCGGCCGCCGCCGGCGUCGUUAACGACACCGUCAACGUGGCGUUCGACAGCGGAACCGCGAUCGGACAAGUCGGCCGGAAGUACUUCGCGUACACCGCCGACCCGGAGCUGGACGCGGCGGCGUCGCCGUUGGCCGGCAUCGCUUCGGGCGGCACCUCGGUCCCGGUGCGCGGACGUCACUUCUCUUGCGCGGGCAACGCCACGAUGACGGUCCGCGUUCGCAACGGCACCGUCCGCCCGACCGGCUGUCAGGUGUACAACGACACGUUCAUGGUGUGCCGAUCGCCGACACUCUUACCGGACGAUAUCGUCCCGGCGGUACGAUCGCAGCGACCGACCACCGCGGCGGCGGCGGCGGCGCACGAAUACGUCGAAGACGACGACGACGACGACGACGAAACGGCCAAACCGAUCGGCGCGUUUCGGUGCGAUUUCCGAGUGGUGUACAACGGCACCGCCGCCGGCGCCGCGUUUCUGUUGACCGCCGAGUAUCGCGUGUACGCCGACCCGGUGCUGGACGACUUCGAGACGGACGGCCACGCGGUCACCGUCUUCGGCCGGAACCUGGACUGGGGCGACGACGUGGCCGUCGAGUUGCUGCGCGGAGACGACUCGCCGGCCAAUCCGUGCGACGUGACGUCCGCUGGCCGGCGGCGGAUCGUCUGCGCGCCGAGAAACUCGUCCAUCGAUUUGGACGCGGUGCGCGCGCUCAACAUCACCGUCGGCGUGUCGUUCGGCCGCGUCGUCCACCGGCGGCCGCCGGUUCGUCCCGACGACGAGUACGUCUGGCGGCGGCCCUGGACCGACGGCCGCACCGCCGUCGCCGUUUUGGCGGCGUUGUCGUCGCUGCUGUGCGGCGGGUGCGUCGCGCUGCUGUGCCGCCGAAAGAUCGCGAACCGGUACACUCACAGCGUCACGCGCACGCCGCUCUUCGAACUGCACACGCCGGCGGCGGACCGGAACGACUCGAUAAUAAUGUAGUAGUUCGCGAACGACUGCUGCAGCAGCAACAGCAGCAGCGUUGCACCGUACUGUACGUCCGUAUAGUACAGCACUAUAGUUUUUUAAGAUUUAAAGUGUAAACCGGUUAAUUGUGUAUAAUCAAUAGCAAGCAAAUACUACCACGUGCGAUGUUCGAUUUUAUCAUUUUAUCGCUCCUAUAGUAUCGUAUGUGUCUUGUGUUUCACUUGUACACACACGCGCGCGCGCGAUGUUAUGUUAUGCGCCCAGCACAUUCCAUCCGUACGCUUUAUUCUCGCGAACAGACAAAUCACUAGGUGUAGUUACAGUUUUGUUCAGAUUUCCGUGGAAAUGUUACCGAGACUCCUUAAAAAUGUAUUAACAAAACAGUUACGAUUAGACGAUUCUUUUAUCAUAAAACACUCAUUACUUCAAAAAGUAUUCGUGUUCUUGAAAACAUUUUUUUUAACAACUUGAAACUAUGUACACAUGAAUACUUUUGAAAUAACGAGUGUUUUAUGAUAAAAAAUCACCAUGUACAACACUUUCGAGGCUAUAGGAAUCUUUUCCGGAAGGAACUUGAGUAUUCAAUGAUUGAAAAAUUAAAAAAAGUUUGGUAUUAAAAGAAGAAUUACUUUCAAUUUACCAUAGAAUAUUCAAAAAUGUAUAACCUUUUUGCAGCGCUUAGAAACCUCAUCACCCCAUUUUUAGCUACGACAAAUGUGAAAUGCCAAAUAGGUAUUUUAAUAUAGCAAAUAAAUCACAAUAAAUAUGUUUUAUUUUUAUUUUUUUAACUAUUAUAUCAAUUAUUUGACUUGUUAUUAUUAUUUUUAUCCAUAUAU